AUGGCAGAAAAGAUCAGACACAUAGUCAACUGCAAGACGAAGGAAGAUGUCGAGCCGACGAGAGUUGAUGUUGAUAUUGAGAACAGAGCCAAGAAGUUGGCCAUUGAGCAAGGAGGAACCAUUGUCGAUACAUUCACUCUCAUCCCCGCCUUCGUCCUCACUGAAGAUUGCUAUCCCACUCCUGAUAACAACUCUCGGAAUAAUUUCCACGACCCCAAUGCUACCAUGAUCCCCCUCACACGACCAUUACGGUCUUGCAAAGGUAAUUUUCAACCCGUCUCUUUCUUGAGACGUUUCGCGCAAUCCGCCAGCUUUGCGCGACACCCAUCGCCCUCGGCGCACAAGUGGUCCCAUCCGCCGAGCACAACCUCCAUCGCCGACGAUGAGGUAGCGAAGCUCGCAAGCAAGCCAUUGCAUUCUCUAAGCCUGGCAGACUUGGUGAGACAAGGGCGGCCACCUUUAUCUAAAGAAGCGUUAUUCUCCUCUGCGAACUUCACCCUCUCACUCCUCCCCGUCCGUCUCGCGCACCGGAUACAGGCCCUGCGCAACCUCCCAUACAUCGUCGUCUCAAAUUCCAAUAUCUCGAGCAUAUACAACAACUACCUGCACUCCUUAUCGACGCUGCUGCCCUACAACUCAAAGACCAUUUCCACCUUUGAAGACGAGGCUCGAUUCACAAGUGUAUUGUCAGACCUGGUAGAGACGCAUUCGCACACCAUUCCGACUCUAGCACGAGGAUUCCUAGAAUGUCGGAAAUACAUAAACCCAGAAGUAGUCACCCGCUUCCUGGACGAGCACCUUCGGGCUAGGAUCGGGACGCGAUUAGUCGCCGAACAGCACAUCGCUCUGCACCUCUCCUCUGAGCCGCACCAGGACCCGAAAUUCCAGAUUCCCGAGGCGCAUCCGCAGUCUUCGUACAUAGGGGUUAUAGACACCGCUUUACAGCCAGCCUCAAUCAUCAAUUCAUGCGGGAACUUCGUCUCGGAGAUCUGUGAGCUAAAGUACGGGGUCCGGCCAUCAUGGGUCAUUGACGGGGAGCCAGGCACGACAUUUGCGUUCGUGCCGGUCCAUCUAGAAUACAUCAUCACGGAACUCCUGAAGAAUGCGUUCCGGGCUACAGUUGAGUCCGGAAGAUCUCACGAGCCGGUAGUUAUCACCAUUGCAGCCGAACCGGAGUCUUCACGUACCCCCAUUGCUCCCGCUCCCGGAGGCGUGAAUCCAGUAGACUACAACCCGCCUAUCAAACCUUUUGAGGAUCCAGCGCCUGGGGUGACGAUCCGUAUCCGGGAUCGUGGGGGAGGCAUCAGUCCUGAGGUGAUGCCGGAUAUAUGGUCGUAUUCAUUCACGACCUUCUCAGACGACGAUCUGCCUGAUGGAAGCGGCAGUAUGGACGCGCUGAAUGCACUGUCCGGCCCUGGCGGCGGAGAGGGGAGCUCCAUUGCCGGGCUGGGAUAUGGGUUGCCCCUCGGCAGGGCAUAUGCUGAGUACUUUGGGGGUGGUAUCGGCGUGCAGAGCUUAUAUGGAUGGGGCACCGACGUGUAUCUCCGUCUGAAAGGGUUAGGUAGGCCGAAAGGCUGA